GAUACCCCGGAGUGUCUCGUGGCGUCUAUCUAUGCAUGAUUGCAGGUCUGGCUACACGUCGAAGGCGGACGAUCUCCUACUUCGUCUCCCUUCUAAACGUCCAAGUAGUGGGAGUUCCUUUUAGAAAACGUCAGGUAAAACUAUUCGUCCCGCGUCCUUUUGGCUGUUUUCCGCUACCCGAGGAGGAGAGAGGAUAAGUCGACGAGCACAAAAGUUAAGCAAGAAUCUGGUGGUUGGAAAAAAAACACCACUUGUUGUUGAAUAUAGCAGCGGAAGCAGCCAUCGUCCCUCGACUUGUUACAAUGACUCAUUUGGCGUCUGUGCAGAUGUCAGCCCCACACAGUUAAAUGUUAGAACUACUUGAGCACAUUUUGCUCGGAUGGUCGAAGAGGAAAAAGAGGAAAGAGGGUUCGAGGUGCCUACCAUGUCUCUGUGGGUGAUACUGCCUGUUAGCCUCCCAGCACUGACCAUCACUGGGAUCUGGGUUGUGUAUGCCAUGGCCCUUUACAACCAACAUGUCUGCCCUGUGGAUAACUGGUUUUACAACCAGUCAUGCGAGGAGGAGCUAUAUUUGCAGAGCGGACCAACGUUGUGCUGCACACUUGACAACGUACCUCUCAUCAGUAAAUGUGGGACGCUUCCGCCGGAGAGCUGCUUCUUCAGCCUUAUCUGCAGCACAGGCUCAUUCAUGGUCAUGGUCAUUGUGCUGCUGCGCUACGCCCAUGUCAUUGAGAAGCACCAAAACUGCGUCCUCAACACGGCGAGUCUCUCCACAGGCUGGAUCUGUGCCGCAGGACUCAUCAUGGUGGGCAACUUCCAGGUUGACUAUGCCAAGGUUCUCCACUAUGUCGGAGCAGGCGUAGCCUUCCCCACCAGCAUGCUGUUCGUGUGCCUGCAGUCGGCGCUGACGUAUCGACUAGCCAAGACGCAGGGGGAGUACAACGUGGCCCAUCUGCGCCUCUGCAUGACCCUGCUGGCCUUCGUCGCCCUGGUGCUCAGCGGUGUGUUUUUCUGCCAGGAGAGCUUCACCCUGCAACACGCCUCGGCUAUCUUCGAGUGGGUCUUCUGUGUCAUCAUCAUGCUCUUCUAUGGGACGUUCGCCUUUGAGUUCGCCGGUGUAUCAGGAGACACCAUGGCCGUGCUGGCCAGAGGGGGCUCUCCGCGCAAGGCCGACACGCUGGGGCCGCACCCGCCGCCUCACCAACCUGAAAACAUGUCCAUCAUGUAGCACCUGGUGCAGGAUUAUUCUUUAAUUUCAACUCAAGCAAAACCGCAACGGAGAGCUUUCCCUUCCUUUUGCCUGUCUGCAUUUUGCACACGCGUUAAACCAAAUGUUUCAUCCGGACAGUGAGAGCUAAAGAUUCAUCAGAUUAAGAAAAUCUGCUGCACUCUGUUUGCCCCCGUCUGUCUCAACAAGUGACCUUGGAUGAUUUCCUCUUCAGGUGAUUGCAGCGAGGCCUUUUCAUUUCAUUUGGUGAGUGCGCCCUUGCUAAACAAGAGGCCGCUGGGCGGCAGAAAGUACACAACAUAGUCGCCGCCGAGGAGGAAGGUCAGGACGCGAGCAAUAAACUUGCUUUCACGAGUACAUCGGAACAGUUACGAAAACACUGUUACAUUCAAAAAAGGGGACCUGUUGUGUACUUUUUUUUUUUUUUUUUUUUUAGUUCAAACUAAGGCUGCCAUAAACUGAUCAUUUUUAUGAUUAAUCAACUAAGACUCAAAAACACUAUAUACCACAUUAUUUACUGCUAUAUUACUCUGGGGUUUACAUUUUAUCUGGAAGUGCGCAUUGGAACCAAAAACAGCACUGAGAAAAUUUGGACCGUGCAUAUUACAUAACUGUAACGUACAUUUUUUUUAAUUUAAAUCCUUUUUGGACUUAAACAUUUAAUUUGAUUUUUUUUUUUUAAUUAAAAAUUUAAUUAGAAAAUUAAAUAGAAAAUAUUAAGUUUUUUUGUUUCCUUUAUUUACAAUAUAUAUUUUUGAUAAAUAUAUUUUUUCUUUUAAUAAAAAAAAUAAUAAUGAAUUCGAAAAUAUAUACAAUCAAGAGGCUCAAAAAAGGAAGAUUCUGACAUUUUUAAGGUCGACAAUCUCUUAAGUGAUUCAUCAACUAUCAAAAAUGUGUUCGAUUGAUUUGAUAAUUGAUUAGUUGUCGAUGAGUCGAUUCAUUGUGGCAGCUCUAGUUUGAACAAUGUAAAAAUAAAAAUUCUGUAAGGGUAUCCAAACUAAAAUUUUCAGUUGCCUGUGUCAGAUAUUAAAAAUGUAAUCUGGCUGGCAAGGCAGUAAAGCAGAAGAAAUAGGGUUUUGUUUCUCUUGACGUUUAUCUGCAACAAAUAUUACUAAAAUGGCAUCAAUGUUCUAUUCAUAACUCCUCAAUAGAUAAUAAUUUAAUUACAGCAGCAGCUGAAUCGCAAUUAUUUUUCUUUCAGUUUGAUGUCAGUGCAGAUUGACAUUGUUUUGCUUCCGAAUCUUUGUAUCGUAUUCCAAACUUAAAUUUCGUGCAUUUGAUACUGGAAAAGAUACAGAUCACCUCGUUGAAGUUGUGUACAGUGCCUUACUAUGUAAAUACUUUACCACUUUGUGCUUCCCACAUUAGCAUGCUACCAGCUAAUCAGCAAAGAGUUUAAUUGUAAACUUUAAAUAUUCAAAUUGCAACCAAUCAGCCCCAUUCAAAUGAAUAUUCGACUGUUUGCAGAAAGGGAAAAGGACCAACUGAAAUAGUUUGAAAAAUGAAAAUGAAUGAACAUUUUUAUGCAAAUUGUCUUGGGAACCAAUGACCAAGUUUAUAAAAAAUAAUGGAUGAAGAUAAUCGACAGCCACCUUUAAAAAUUAAAGUGUUUAAGUUCAAUCUUAAAGCUUUUCUUAACUUUGACAUCACGAAAUGCAUACUUAACUAAUUCAGGGUUUGCACUGCCGACUGUCCGUAGUUAGCUGUGAUAGGUUCCCCCUUGACACUUGUGAGGAUAAGUGAAAUGGAAAACGAACGAAUGAAUGAACAGAUAUGCAAUGUAUUUUUGACUGGGCAAAUUAUGGGCAGUAUUAUGAUUGGUGUAAAUCAGUGGUCCCCAACCUUUUUGCACCAAGGACUGGUCUGAUGAGGGCCUUUUUUUCACAGACCGGCUUUGUGUGGCAGAAAAUUCAAGUAAAACAUAAAAUAACACAACUGGGCUAAAAACGAACAUUAAGUGCAGCGAAUAAACCUAAAUAAACCUUUUUUAACAGCGGCCUCUCCUAAAACUUGGCGGUGAAUAUACUCGAUCGCAGGCAUAAUGAGUUCUUCUCCAAACGUGAAAUGUUUCUUAGCUUUAGCAAUACGAUUCGCCACAAGUUAUGAUGCUGUCAGUGCAUUCGCUUUUGUGUCCUCAUUUGCUAGCUUUUAGCCACAUACAGUAUUAUGCUUUUCCCCGUAAAAAACUGUCCAAAGACAUCGCCGUCCGCAGCACACAUCCAACAGCAGCUAACGUUACUGUUUACAUUAACUGAUGCUGGGCUGCCAUAGGUGUGCAAACACCUCAGUAAUGGCGGCCAGCCACGACAGCGCAACGUACACAAAUCUCUACUCUGAUUAGACAAUAGAGAAGACAGGCAUAUUGAUGUGUCAAGAGGCACAGGCCAGAUUGCGGUCAUUAUCAAAUUACUUAUUUCGCUGCCGCCCGGGAGCAAAUGCGCCACGGACCGGUACCGGUCCCCAGCCCGGUGUUUGGGAUCAUUGGUGUAAAUUACCAAUUUAAUGCUGAUUAGAUUCCUUUGUUAACAACAGAUUUGCAGAUAUACCAAAGUCUUGCAUGGUUCCGUUUCGAAUCAAGGGCCUUCGAUCGAUUUAAUACAAUAUUAUGAACAAAAAAAUUACAAAUCAAUUUUGAUAAAUUUUGUUGCUGAAACGUUUCAGUUCAAAAACAUUUGAGUCAUGAAAACCAUAAAACACACUAUCAAUAUAUAACCACACAUCCAAAAUGUAAAAAAUAUAUAUAUAUGGCGGAAAACACUUAGGUGACUUGAAGUUCCGCUCUCAGACCCCCAAUUUGUCCAAAUUUAAAAAUUGUCCGAUAUGUACAUGUGAUACAUCAUUGGAAAGCUUAAAAUGUCAAUUUUCUGGGGGAAGGAAAAUUUUGAACAGGAGGGCAUUUAAAAAAACUAAUAAAUUAAACAGCAAAAUGCUAACUGAAGGUGAGAGCACGCAAGAGCAGAAUUAAAAACGCCGUGAUUUUAACGGGAUAUUAUCGCGUACUUACCUCGUUUCGGACCAAAAACUACAUGUAGCAUGUAUCAUCGAGUGUCAAGACACAGAUGUGAAUGGUCACAGCUGGAUUUUUUGGGGAUUUAAUGGGUGAAACAUGGUUAUGUAACAAGGGUUGCGAUGCAGAAUUUGCAGACAUCAGGGACUAAUCAAAUUUUCAUUUACAUAUAUUUACCCUUUUAAAUGUUUAUUUUAUUUUUUCAAUUUUUCUUUGUCUGAAUCGAUUAUUUAUCAUCUAAAAUAUUGGGGGAAAUGCGACAGUAACGAAAAAAUACAAUUACUGUAAUUUUCGCACUAUAAGGCGCACCUGACUAUUAGCCGCCGCACACCAAAUUUGACACGAAAACGACAUUUGUUCAUAGAUAAGCCGCACUGUACUAUAAGCCGCAGCCUUCCUCACUGUAUUAUGGGAUAUUUACAAAAGAUAUUAACCGGUAACACUUUAUUUGACAGCGGCAUCAUAAGGCUGUCUAAGACCAAAUGUACUACCAUAAAGCUGUGAACCAAUUGGUUGCAAAGCGUAACUAAUUAAUAAAAGAAGCUUCAUUUGGCCAUCACUGUUCCCUUGGAGGAGACAGUCAACUUCUGCUACCACCUGCUGUCAACACUGUUGUCGUCCAACAUGCCUCUUGGCAUGCAUUGCAGCGCUACAGAUAUAAAUAAGUCAAAAUUCAUGUACUGUUCUAAUUAUUUCUUCAGUUACUUUUCCAGUUGUUUCAUUAAUUGCUAGUUACACGUUAUUUGACAGUGGCGCCAUAAGACUGUCAUUAGACAAUCAUAAUUAUGACAUGAGACUGUCAUGAGCAUUAAUGAAUGUUUAUAGCAGAUGUCUUUUAGUGUUAUCUGGCAAAUUCUCACAUUUUGAAUGGAUGUAAGACAUCCAAGAUGGACACAAAUGGAGUUAGUGACAUAAUUUGCCAGAUGACACUUAAUGACAUCUGUCAUAAGCAUUCAGUAAUGGCCAUUAUAGUGUCAUGUUAUAAUUAUGACGGUCUUAUGACGCAGCUGUCAAAAAAAGUGUUAACUAUUAACCCAAAUAAAUCAACAAAUAAGCCGCAGGAUUUAAAAUGAAUGAAAAAAGUAGCGGCUUAUAGUCCGAAAAUUACGGUAAGUGAUAGUUAUGAGGUAGAUAUCUGUGACUUUUUUUACAGACGCCAAUUUUUUCAUUGUGAUGUAAUUUGUUUAAAAGUGUAAAAUAUACGAGUAUUUUUUUAAAGUCUCUUUUUAAAUUUUUUUUUUUUUUUUUUAAUGAAAUAUGAGACAUCAGUUAAUGAUUUAAGCUAAAAACGACAGACAUUUUGAAUAAUAAAUAUAAUUACCUUCGUUUUAUGGCUGGGUUGAAACAAAAGCGGUUGCGCGACGUCUGUAAACGGGGGUUUUCAGGGUAAAACGGACAAAUUAACAAUAGUUCGGGGGUUUAAUGCGCCAUGAAUCUGCAAUGGCAGCAUAUAGACAUAUUGUUCUAUCAAACACAACAUUUGUUUUGUCUUAAAAUACAGCAGUUUCUUCGAAAGAGGAGUGCAAGAGCAGAAAUUGCUUUUUCAGUCUUGUCUGUGUUUUCCGCCAUAUACAGUAUGUUAUAUACAAAUAAGUUGUUACACUAAGUUAAAAAAAGAAAAAAAACCUGACCGUUAACAUUGGAAAUUGUUUCAAAAUUGGCAUGAGAAAUGGAGUGCAAUUGCGUUUUUUUUUGCAUAACAGGUCCCCUUAUUUCACUCAAAUGUCAUGUUACUCUUUGCUUGUCCAACGUGUUAAAGUACGCUUGAUUGUCCAAAAACUGCCAACAGAACCUCCAUCAGUGUGCCAUUCUCCACCAAAGACUCAUAGACACUACACAGACUCCCAACCCUGUAGAGUCAUUCCAUCUGAGGACUGUAAGCUUUUUACCUUAUUCAAAGUCUAGUAUAUACAGUAUGACUCUAGGGGCAAUGUUACUGUUAAAUGUGUGCCAAAUAGCGAGUCUGUGGCCCCGGUGCUAAUAACAAGCUGCUCCCUAUAUCUCUGAUUGUAACGUCUCAUACACGAUAAGCAAUAUUCAACAUUGUCAUCAGUAUUUUGGGUACACCACAAGUCACGUACAAAGAUGAGGACAGUUCGACAUCAACUUUCGUGUUUCGAGAGCAGUCGAUUAAAUCAUUGGAUGCCAGUGACGACGAUAGGCAUCACAUCCAAUUUAACGUGGGGAGGUGGCAGCAAUCGAAUUAUGGCUGCUAGCCCCCCAGUUUAAUUGGAUUGGACGUCUAUUGUUGUCAGUGGCUCUGAAACAUGAUCACGAUUAACUGCCAAAUGUGUGCCAAGCAAAAUCAAACCAUGCAUCUGAAACAUGAUCACGAUUAACUGCCAAAUGUGUGCCAUGCUAAAUCAAACCAUGCAGCUGCUGUUAUCUUUUCAAAUGUGUAGUGUUUAUAUUCGUCACAUUUGCUUCAAAUGCCUUUUUUUUUUUUAUCAAUAUGUACACUGAAUGUGUAACCCAAAAUUUGUCACCGGCUCCCUCUACUGGUGAAACCUCUCAUUGGAAAUUUAUAUUGCACUUCGAUCUCUUAAAGCAGGGGUGUCCAAACUUUGUUUUUCUCCACUUUCAGAAAAAUCGAAGGAUUCCAAGGCCAACUUGAAAUCUUUUCACUUUCUUAAACAUGACGAUAUACAGUCUAUACACUGAGGAGCAGAAUUAUUUGCAUCCCUUGUGAUUUUGCAAGUUCACCUACUUAGAAUAUAGGUAGAGGUCUGAAAUUUCAAUCGUAGAUGCAUUUUCACAUAGAGACAUAAUCUAAACAAAAAAUCCAGAACUCACAUUGUAUGAUUUUUCAAUAAUUUAUUUGUAAUUUACUGGGGUUCAUAAUUAUUUCUACCACUGAGAAAAUCAGUGCUAACAUUUAGAGCAGAAGCAGAGGUCAGACGCUUUCUGUAGUUUUUCACCAUGUUUUCACAUAUGGAAACAGCAAUUUUGGCCCAUUCCUUCACACGGAUCUUCUCUAGAUCUGUCAGGUUUCGGGGCUGUCGUGGAGAAACAUGAAGUUUCAGCUCCAUCCAAAGAUUUUCUUUUGGAUUGAGGUCUGGCCACUCCAGAACCUUAAUAUGCUUUUUACGUAGCCACUCCUUGGUCAUCUUGGCUGUGUGCUUCGGAUCAUUGUCAUAUUGGAAGAUCCAGCCACGACUCAUCUUCAAGUCUGUGACCGUGGGAAGGAGCUUCUAACUCAAAAUCUGACGAUACGUUUCACCAUUCAUCCUCUGCUUUAUACAGUACAGUCGUCCUGUGCCUUUUGCUGAAAAACCAGCCCCAAACUAUGAGGUUUCCACCCCUGUACUUCACAGUGGGGAUGGUGUUCUUGGAUCGUACUCAUUCUUCUUUUUCUUCAACCUACGACGAGUUAAGUUUGCCCCAAAAAGUUCUACUUUGGUCUCAUCUGACCACAAGACUUUUUCCCAUGACCCCUGUCCAUCAUUCAGAUGGUCCCUGGUAAACUUCAGACAGGCCUUCACAUGUACUGGAACUAUCUGAGCAAUGCAUGAUUUUAAAGCACUGCACUGUAGUGUUCUACUGCCUUUGAAACUAUACAUCCAGCUCUUUUCAGGUCAUUGACCAGCUCCUGCCGUGUUAUUCUAGGCUGAGCCCUGACUUUUCUCAUCAUGAGUGAUGCCCCACGAGGAGAGAUUUUACAUGGAGUUCCAGUCCGAGGUAGAUUAUCAGUCAUGUUUAGCCUUUCACAUUUUCUAACAAUUGGUGCAAUUGUUGAUUUAUUCUCACCAAACUGCUUUCCAAUUGUCCCAUAGCCUUUUUCCAGCUUUGUGGAGCUCAACAAUUUUUUUUUUUUCUGGUGUAUUUUGAAAGCUCUCUGGUCUUGCCCAUGGUAGCAGUUGGAUUAUGACUGACUGUGGGGUGCACAGGUGACAACAUUGAGCUCAAACGGUUGGUGGUUGAGUGGUUACUCAUGGGGUAAAGGUGAACAUUUUUUUUAAGGUAUACUGACAACUCUUUGAGUGUCAUAAUUAUGGCUAAUUCUCGGGGGUAAAAAUACUUAUAAACCCCAUUCAAUUACAAUGUAAUUUUCUGGAUUUUAUUUUUUAAAAUUAUGUCUGAAUGCAUCUAUGAUUGAAAUUUCAGACCUCUGCCUAUUUUAUAAGUGGGUGAACUUGCAAAAUCAGAAGGGGUGCAACUACUUCUGCGCCUCACUCUAUAUCGUCAUAUCGUACAGCAAUAAUAUUAUGUGUGUAUUUUUCGUUACUUCGCAUUCACCAAGGCAAAUUUUCGUUUUGUCUAACUAAAAAUGCCUCUUAAUUGUUCUUCAUUUGUUCCAUCCUGUGUGUAUAUUUUAAACACACUUUUUUUCUUUGCAUUUUUGAUUGCCAAAUUUAACAACACAUUUUGUAAAUCUUAACAGUGAUAGCAGCUUUUAGAAAAUUGAGUAAAGAUUAAAAAUGGAUAGCUCACCUGAAAUAUCAAGCCAUAGACUUCAUAAUGCAGGGUCAGGUUAUAUAUUAUGAAGUCUAUGAUCAAGCCAUAUUGUUUUGUAUUAAAAUUGUAAGCAGAAAUUGGUGCAUUUUUAUUUAAUUUACGAUAAUAACCUUCAUAAUAUAUAUAUCACAUGGAAAUUAGACUCUUGAAGACUAAUUGGCAAUUACUGGUCCAAUUCAUUAACUGAAAUUUUACCUUGAUUUUAACGUGUAAAGUUUUGACCCUGAGCUAAUUGAGAGGUACUGUUUAAGUUACUAGCGCCAUCUAGUGUGGAAGCUCACAAGUGUAACAAUGUAGGCUGGUCUCGCGCUUCCUCAGUGAAAUUCAAUGAAAUUUUAAUAAUUUGCUGUACGCGAGAAAAACUGCGGGAAAAACCGCAGGCUUCAUCUUUGACACCCCUGCCUUAAAGAAAUCCUUAAAAAUGUAAUAUGCCUUUAACCAAGAAACAAAACUGCUGUCAGAUUUGAAAUAUUCAUCUUUUCCAUUUGAACAAACCUGAUAUAUAUACACAUAUCAAGUAUUAGAUACGUAUAUUUACUUUUUUUUUUAAUCCUUUAAAUGUUUACACAACUUAUUUUUUGGGGGCGGCGGGGGGUUCCUGGAAUUUUUUUUUUUUGCAAAGAGUGUUUGAUAUCAUAGUUUUGUGUUCUAUUUAUAUGAAUAAAAAAAUAAUUAAGCCCCCCAAGUCCUAGUGAUUAAAAAAAUGCCCUGGGGCUUGUUUUAAUUCAUUUUUAAACUCGUCCAUUAGAUGGCAUCACUUAUCCCACUAAAAUCAUACAAUUGUGAAAAUAUCGCUCAUCUCUACUGUCUAUACCAGUACAAAACCCCUUAGGUCAAUUUAAGAAUUGUCUUCAUUUUCUCAUUCGUCCAUCAAAUAGUGCUAAUUUUCAACAUUCAAAGCAUGCAGCAGCAAUGUCUGUUAUUGCUUUGUUUCAGCGGAUUUAGCGAUUUUCCUCAAACUGCCUCAAUUCUUAGUUCUCGUUUACCGACUCAUCUUUCUACAUAGGAAUAUGUUGAAAUGGGACACAAUCCGCUUGCAUCUGUUCUGUCGACUUCUGUUGUUGACGACUUAUUGUGAUUAUUUUUGUUUGUAUCGUUAGCUCGUUGCGCCACUCAGUCACAUCUUGUUUAAACAUUAGCAAAAGCAAUCAUGCAAUCAUUAGUUCAUGCAAUAAUUAACCUGUAAACCUCACAUUGAUAUGAAAUAUAUGUAUAUAUUCAGUAGCCAAUUCUGCUGCCUAUGUGCCUUAUUAUGACUUUGAUAAUGCGAACCAAAGAGGUUGUAAAUUCUAUUUUGAUGAUUGUAUACCGUGUGCGUGUAUGCCUUAAUGUUCAACAAAUAAACAGUUUUAAAUAGUCUUUUUUUUUUUUUUUUUUUCCUUUUGCGCACAAAGACAGACAACAUAUUUCAUGUUCUUUGUUGUUUAAUUAUUUACAUUGUCUAGAUAUAUUUUGCCAACAAAAAGAUGA